AGCUUGGUUCUCUACUAUGAUAAAAUAUUAAAAUUAGGCUCGCAAUUCAUGUGCCCGCCUGAGCUGAAGAGAAGCCAAGCUGGUUCAGAUUUCUAUCACGGCUGUUAGGGUGGGACAAGCCCGAAGAAUCCCCAACUUUCAACAGCAAGAGACCCUAGGGUUUUUCUCUCGUCUUCAUCGGGUCAUUGUUCGGCUGAUUGGAGAUGUCAAAGUCUUGCAAGGGCUUGGCAAUGGAACUAGUCAAGUGUCUAAGCGAAUCCGAUUGUAUUAAGGUUGAGAAGCGAUCGUAUAGGGAAUGCGCAGGAGAGAAGAGCCCCUGUAUACCAAGUGAGUGCGUUGGACUUAGGGAAACUUACUUCAAUUGCAAACGAGGCCAGCUCGACAUGAGGGCUAGGAUCCGCGGUAACAAGGGCUAUUGAAUUUGAAAUCUGCUGAUAUUAGCUAUUUAGAUUUUGGAAGUGAUUACUCUGUUUCUAGGACCUAAUUUUCUAUCUUUUUGAGGAAUUGUGUUAGCGCUUUUUAUUGUAUUCCCCAUUUGUAAGCAGGUCGUCAUCUGCCCCAGUUUGUUUUUUGAAAUAAAAGUUCAAUUUUAUCCCUAACA